AUGAAAUUAGAUGGGAUGCAGCAUCCAACGACCUUAAAUUUAUUAUCCACGUUUCCGAGGAAUCAAGUAAUGAUAGUCACGAAACUGUUCGCGGCUGAAUCCGUUCAAUUCUUAUUCAAUGUGUAUGGCUGUGGAGCUGGGCAUUCGUUCUGUGGCGACAUUGAUGGAGUUCCGCUUGGACAGCGCGGAGUACUGCCAGGCCCAACACAAAUAAACCCGAGGGCGUUUCGCGGAGGCAAGGUAGCGGGGUGUUCUACUGGACCCAUGGUGUCGGGAGCGCGCGUCAACGCACCUAAGCAUCACGCGAUAAUUACCCACCCACAGUCACCUUAG